AGUGACAGAAAAGAAAAAAAAAUCUGUAUAACCUUACGUGCUUAAAUUCCCAACUUUAGCAAAUUAAUUUAAGUACCAACUAUGGCUUCAUUAAAAGUGUAUUCAAUAGGCCGGUUAGUAAAAUGUGUAACAGAUUCGACUCUGAAAAAUUUAAGGACAAAUUACUACAGAGGUUCUGUCCGCUGCUACAGCGUAGAAGAAAAAGCUGCAGAAGAUCCUGAAAAACAGAAUAAACAAUUGCCAAAUACUGUUGAAGAAUGCCAUAAACUGAUAGAAACUCUUACUACAGACCUUAAUACUAUCAAAGAACAAUCUAAGGACUUUGAAGAUAAAUACAAGAGAUCACUUGCCGACUGCGAGAAUGUAAGACGCAGAAUGAUGAAGCAAGUGGAAGAUGCUAAGUCAUUUGCGAUACAGAGUUUCUGUAAGGACUUACUUGAUGUGGCAGACACCCUCUCAGCGGCAGCAGAGAGUGUACCAGAAGGUGCUGAGGCCGGUGCUGGAGCUGCAUUAAGAUCGCUGGCAGAUGGAGUUAAGCUUACGAGAGCACAGCUUUCACAGGUUUUUGCCCGACAUGGGCUUGUAGCUGUAUCGCCUCUUAAAGAAAAAUUUGACCCUAACUUACAUGAAGCACUCUUCCAACAGGAAGUGGAAGGCGCAGAAGCCGGUACAGUAGUGACUGUGAGCAAAGUUGGUUACAAAUUACACGAGCGAUGCGUGAGACCCGCAUUGGUCGGUGUAGCCAAGUGAUGUUUUACAGGGACCCACACUGGGACCACACUCCUUUAUUCUAUUCAUCAAUGACACAAACCAAGAAAAGACAAAAAUGUCCCGAUUAGAAAACGUUUCUGGUAAUGUAAUACAAAUUAUUACAAACUAAGGGCUUGUGGAUAGAAAAUAUAUUAAGAAUUUAUUUAAACACUCCACAAUGUU